UGUCACUUCACCUACCCUUGUCCUCACUCGCCACACACGAAGCUUUGCUUCAGUAAAACGCCAAAAAAAAUUGUGAUACUCCUCGAGGAAUCGUCAAUGGCUCCUGUUGAUCACGCCGGCGCGGUCGACAGCCGGCUGGAGGAGCUGCUCUCCGGCGGCGGCGGGGCACGGCGCUUGGCGUCCGCGGCGGCGCUGGAGCUGCGACUGCUAGCGCCACUGGCCUUCCCGGCCGUUGUGGUGUACAUGCUGAUCAUCGUGAUGUCUUCAGCCACCCAAAUCGUCUGCGGCCAGCUCGGCAACGUCCAGCUCGCCGCCGCCUCGCUCGGCAACAACGGCAUCCAGGUCUUCGCCUACGGCCUCAUGCUCGGGAUGGGGAGCGCGGUGGAGACGCUGUGCGGGCAGGCGUACGGCGCGGAGAAGCACGAGAUGCUGGGCGUGUACCUGCAGCGCUCGACGGUGCUGCUCACGGCCACCGGCGUGCCGCUCGCCGUCAUGUACGCCUUCUCGGAGCCCAUCCUGCUGCUGCUCGGCCAGUCGCCGGAGAUCGCCGGCGCCGCCGCGGAGUUCGCCUACGGCCUCAUCCCGCAGAUCUUCGCGUACGCCGCCAACUUCCCCAUCCAGAAGUUCCUGCAGGCGCAGAGCAUCGUGGCGCCCAGCGCCUACAUCCUGGCGGCCAGCCUGGUGCUGCACCUGGGGAUGAGCUGGGUGGCGGUCUACAAGCUGGGGCUAGGCCUGCUCGGUGCGUCGCUCACGCUGAGCCUGACGUGGUGGGUGCUGGUGGCGGCGCAGUUCGUGUACAUCCUGAAGAGCCCGAGGUGCAGGGAGACGUGGACCGGGUUCACGUGGGCCGCGUUCGCCGACCUGGCCGGCUUCGCCAAGCUGUCCGCCGCGUCGGCGGUGAUGCUGGCGCUCGAGGUGUGGUACUUCCAGGUGCUCAUCCUCCUCGCCGGCAUGCUGCCCGACCCACAGAUCGCCCUGGACUCGCUCACAGUGUGUACCUCGAUACAGUCAUGGGUGUUCAUGAUCUCCGUGGGCUUCAACGCCGCAGCCAGUGUGAGGGUGGGCAAUGAACUGGGCGCCGGGAACCCCAGGUCGGCGGCGUUCUCCGCGUGGAUUGUCACGGCCAUGUCCGCACUCAUAGCAGCUGUAGCCGCCGUUCUGGUCUUCCUGCUCAGGCACAAGCUCAGCUACCUAUUCACCGGAGGCGAGGCCGUCUCGCGCGCGGUGGCUGAUCUCUGCCCCAUGCUUGUUGCCACCAUCGUGCUCUGCGGAAUCCAGCCCGUGCUGUCAGGUGUGGCUGUUGGCUGUGGGUGGCAAGCAUUGGUGGCCUACAUCAACAUUGGAUGCUAUUAUUUCAUUGGUGUGCCCCUUGGAGUCCUCCUGGGCUUCAAAUUUGACUAUGGAAUUAAGGGACUGUGGGGAGGCAUGAUUGGAGGCACACUUAUCCAAACAACUAUCCUAUUGUGGAUCACAUUCAGAACUGAUUGGAAUAAGGAGGUUGAGGAAGCAAGGAGAAGACUAGACAAGUGGGACGAUGCGAAGCAGCCUCUUCUCACCAACGUGCAGUGAUGAUGCCGGGGCGAAGAUUAAGGUUUAUGCUGCUAAGCAGACAGAUUGAUCCAGCAACCAACUUAUGUUCAGCGUUAUCUCAAUUAUUUUUAGGAGAUGUUUAGUAUCAAUCUAUCAUCUCAUCUGCUACUGCUAACUGCAAUUUUUGUUGAGUCAGCUUCAUAAUGUGAAUAUGUGAUCACGUUCCUUCA